AUGACCAAGUCGUCAUGUGAUAAGUUACUUGAUCUUGAUCCAGAAAUUGAGAGGACUUUUAGAGCUUUGAGAAAUCAAGAGAAAAUUUCAGAGGACUCAGAAAGUUCCUUGUCAUCUUUAGACACCCCCAUGACUGAUCAUAAUAGAACGAUGAAGGAGCUUGCAGCUCCUGAUGAGGCAUUCAAAUAUUCAUGCAUCACUUAUCCAACUUUGGCAGGAGAUUUUGAGCUGAGAUCAGGAUUUAUCACCUCUUGGAUUGAUAUGAAGAAGGCUUUCUUAGAGAAAUUCUUUCCAGCCUCGAGGACUGCAACUAUCAGGAAAAAUAUCUGUGGGAUUCAAAGUAUGAUAGAUGCAGCAGUUGGAGGAGCUUUAGUGAAUAAAACUCCAGAGCAAGCAAGGGAGCUUAUUUCGAGCAUGGCUGAAAAUUCACAGCAAUUUGGAAGUAGAACACUCACUACUAGAGGAGUUGGUGAAGUUCAAAUGGUUUCCAAUGAACAAAAGGAGAUAAGGAACUCAUUGAUGGAAUUAACCUCCUUAGUGAAACAAUUAGCCUUGAGCAAUGCUAUUCAAUCUUCUAUUGUGCUGAAUGUGCAAUUUUCAUGUAAACAAAGUGUGAAUUUCCAGCAAGGGCAGAAUUUCAUACAGCAAGCACUUCCAGCACCUUCAAGGUUGAGUAUAACUCAAGGAAGCUCCAGUAAUGCUUCUAAUUCUGAUUCACAGCAAGCUAGAUUGGAAGAGUUAAUGCAACAACUUAGAAACUUAGAAAGGCAGAUUGGGCAAUUGGCUUCCAAUAUUAAUCAGAUUCAAGCUCAGCAAUUUAAUUCCAGCAGUGAAGAAUUUCCAGAAGUUCAGAAUGUGUCAGCUUCAAGUUCCAAUCCAAUUCUCGUCGAUCCUUUGAAUUUGGGGCAUGCACAAGGUAGUAGAAUUUAUAUUCCAGAAAUUUCCAGCAACUUAUGUCCAACUGAACAGUUUCCAGCAGACUUGCCAGAUUUCAGCAAAUCUAGGAAUUCAAGAUUUCAGAAUUCAGAGCCGAGCAUCCCUUUGCCUUUUCCUCAACGACGAACUCAACCAAGGUGGGAUGUAGAAGAGGAAAGAGCUAAGGAAUUUCAAGAGCUUGUGAACCUAUUUAGCAAAGUGGAGGUAAAUGUUCCUUUAUUCACAAUGGUCAAGCAAAUUCCCAAAUAUGCUAAAUUUUUGAAGGAUCUUUGUGCACACAAGAAAAAGUUGAAGGGGAAUGAGUUAAUUAACUUGGGCAAGAAUGUAUCUGCACUUCUUCAACCAAUUCCUCAUAAAUGUAAAGAUCCUAGAGUAUUUACAGUCCCUUGCGAGAUUGGGAGUAGUCUUUUUAAGGAUGUCAUGUUGGAUUUGAGAGCUUCAAUUAAUGUGAUGUCAAAAUCAGUUUUUCAGACCUUAGGGAUUGGACCAUUGCAUCCUACAGGAGUAGUCAUUAAGUUAGCUGACCGCAGUCAGACUCAUCUAGCUGGAAUCAUUGAAGAUGUAUUGGUGAAGGUGAGAGAACUUAUCUUUCCUGCUGAUUUUUACAUCCUAGAUAUGGAGGGAGACUAUCUGGCCAGUAAAUCUCCACUUAUUCUGGGGCGACCAUUUUUGAAGACUGCAAGGACAAAGUUUGAUGUUCAUGCGGAUUUUGCAGAAGUAGAUCAAGGUGAUGUUUUGACUACAGUUUUCAAGGAUGUUUUAGACUUGGAAGUGGAUGAUAAUUCUUAUGGAUCAUUUCCGAGAUAUUUUCAGAUUUGCAUCGACCUAGAGGAUCAAGAGAAGACCACCUUCACUUGCCCUUUCAGUACAUUUGCUUACAGACGGAUGCCAUUUGGAUUAUGCAACGCUCCAGGAACCUUUCAGUGA